CCUCCAUCCGGUCGCUUUCUGGGUCUGCGACACCAUGACGAUCAUUGUGCUUGUUAUUUAAUUCAUGAUGAUCACCCCCUGUCUGUCGCUCGUUUCUCCGUACUUUUCAAUCACCUAAUCGCCUUUUCUUUCUCUUCUGGCUGGUGCUCAUCUCCACCUCGCAAUAACUUCCGCCAUAUCCGCUCCCCUCCCUCCACCCCUUCCUUGUCCAACUACCACCGUAACAAUGGGCGCAUUGGAUAUUCCCCCGUUCGAAAACACACCGAUUGAAGACAUUCAAUCUCGGGUCGCCACGGUGCGCAAGACCUUCAAUGAGCACAAGACCCGCGAUGUGGAGUACCGGCUGGUCCAACUCCGCAAGCUGUACUGGGCUGUGAAAGACCAUCUAGAGGAGAUGCGCGAAGCGCUACGCUUGGACCUCGGCCGACCAGACUUCGAGACCGAGCUCGGCGACACCAACUGGGUUCUGAAUGAUAUCAUCUUCGUGUGCCGGAAUCUGCAGAAAUGGGUCAAGGAUGAGAAGGCGGAGAACAUUGAUAUCACUUUCAAGUUCGUGAACCCGAAGAUCCGAAAGGAUCCAAUGGGUUGCGUUCUGGUUAUCGGUCCUUUCAACUACCCUUUCCAGCUGACCCUGGGUCCGGUGAUUGGUGCUAUCGCGGCCGGGUGUACUGUGGUGGUCAAGCCGAGUGAAAAGUCCUCGCACAGCGCAGCCGUGAUUCAGCGGAUCAUCGAGGCUUCGCUCGAUCCGGAGGCGUACACGGUGGUGCAGGGAGGAGUCCCCGAGACGCAGGCGCUCCUUGCCGAACGGUGGGAUAAGAUCUUUUUCACCGGUAGCGCCAACGUCGGCCGUAUCAUCUGCAAGGCCGCUGCGCCCCAUAUGACCCCCGUCGUGCUGGAGCUGGGCGGUCGCAACCCUGCUAUCAUUUCUAAAAACGCGGACCCUAGGUUGGUGGCGCGUCGGAUGCUGUGGGGAAAGAUCACGAAUGCUGGACAGAUCUGCACGUCGCAGAACUACAUGCUCAUUGAGAAACCCAUUCUACCGGCUGUAGUUGAUGAAUUUAAGAAGGCAUACAACGAGUUCUUCCCUCGGGGAGCGAAGAACUCUCCGGACCUCAGUCGCAUCAUUGACGAUGCCUCUUUUCAGCGCAUCAAGAAUAUGAUCGACAACAGCAAGGGCAAGAUCCUUCUGGGAGGAACGAUGGACGAGAAGGAGCGCUUCAUCGAGCCCACGCUCAUACAGAUCGAUUCGGUCGAUGACUCCUUGGUCGCGGAGGAGAGCUUCGGCCCCCUGUUGACCAUCCUCCCGGUCGACAGCAUCGACCAGGCUAUUGAGAUUGCCAACGGCGUGCAGUCUACGCCUUUGGCGCUCUACCCAUUCGGCACCAAGGCCGAAGUAGAGAAAAUUCUCUCCAAGACCCGGUCCGGCGGUGUCUCCAUCAACGACGCCGCUCUGCACAUCCCCACCCUUGAAUUCGGCGGUGUAGGCGAAAGUGGCAGCGGUGCCUACCGCGGCAAGGCCAGUUUCGACGUCUUCGUGCACCGCCGCACCAUCACCUCCAGCCCCGGCUGGAUUGAAUCCGCGCUGGCCGUCCGCUACCCGCCGUUUGGUAGGAAGCAGGAAUUCUUCAUCAAAGCCGGUAGCCUGGCGCCGGACUUUGAUCGCAACGGUCAGAAGCUCCGACUGGGCUGGCUCCGCUACCUUCUGACUCUGGGCGGCGGAUCUGCCAAGUCGGGCAUUAUCCGUGCCACCGUUGUCGCUGCGGUGGCAUACCUCGCACUCCAGUUCCUCGAACGCCGGAGCUCAAAGUUAUAACCCGAUUGACUCUCAACUUUCAAACACGUCUACGUCUUAUUUCUUUUGGUUACUGAUAUCCUUUUCGAACGAUGGAUUGACUGAUUUAUUUGAUUUCUUGGAAAUGGCUGGUAAUCUACUUGGAUUUGCUGUGCUUGUUGUGCAACCCCCUCUCUCUAUCUCUGGCUUAUGUGCUGGAAUGACCUUUUCAACGGUCUAUGCUUACUUAUGAUUGUGUAUACUAUACUUUGUUUGUUUGUUGCUUGAUGGAUCUCUUGUGCCGGG